GGGACCGGCGGCCGGCGGGGCCAGCGGGUGCCGCUCGGGCGCCCCGGCUGCCUGGGAGGCGCGUCCCGCCUUUGCGGGUGGCCGCGGCAAGUAACGGCGGCGGGAGGAAGCCCGGGAGGCGCCGGGUCCCUCCCGGGGCGGGGGUACCGGGCGGCGCGGCGGCCCUGUCCGCUGGCGGCGCGUCCGUGGGGGCACCGCGGGGUCCGCGGCAGCGCCGCUCUCCGCGCUUCUGCCCGCGGACCUGCCGCGCCUCGCGGUGGCCCCCCGGGGCGGCGGCCGCCCGCGCCCCGGCGCGCCUCGCCGGUUUCCCGAGGGGCGGCGGCCGCCGCCACCGGCGCUUGCGAGAGCCCGGCUGCCUCCCCGAACUUCGCGAGCGCUCGCCUCAGCGCCCGUCCCCGCCGCUGCUUCACAGCCCGUCUGUGGAAAUACACCGCGUCCGGGCCAGGGGAAGCAGCAGGGAAGGAGGCGUCCCGACCCCGCGAGGAGGAGGAGGGAGGAGGAGGAGGAGGAGGUCGUCUGUGCGUGAGCGCCUGCCCGCGCGUGGAUUGAUGGCUGCGAAGUCCUGCGGCGCCAGCCCAACCGGAGGGACGAUGGGGACCCGCCGCCCACCGCCAUGAGGACCAGCCACUGCAGUCACCUGCCGGGAGUCCCACCGGAGCGCCCGCCGGCACCCAACAGCAAGACCCUGCCCGGUGGCAGCGGCAGCGGUGGCCCAGCCGGCAGCUGCCCGCAGUAUGUCAUGCAGGUGUCAGCCAAAGAUGGGCAGCUGCUCUCCUCCGUCGUGCGGACGCUCGCCACGCAGAGCAGCCCCUUCAAUAAUGACCGGCCGAUAUGCAGGAUCUGCCACGAGGGCAGCAGCCAGGAAGACCUGCUUUCCCCCUGCGAAUGUACAGGGACCCUGGGGACUAUUCACCGCAGCUGCCUGGAGCACUGGCUGUCAUCUUCAAACACCAGCUACUGUGAACUCUGCCACUUCAGGUUUGCAGUGGAGCGCAAACCCAGGCCAUUGGUGGAGUGGCUGAGGAGCCCAGGCCCCCAGCACGAGAAACGGACUCUCUUUGGAGACGUGGUGUGCUUCUUGUUUAUCACUCCACUGGCGACUAUCUCUGGCUGGUUGUGUCUACGAGGAGCAGUGGACCAUCUGCACUUUAGUAGCAGGCUCGAAGCUGUUGGCCUCAUUGCACUCACUGUUGCACUCUUCACUAUUUACCUCUUUUGGACCCUCGUAUCCUUUAGGUAUCACUGUAGAUUAUACAACGAAUGGCGUCAGACCAAUCAGCGGGCGAUACUCCUAAUCCCAAAGUCUGCCAACAUCCCCUCCAACCAGCAGUCCCUGCUGGGCCUGCAGUCCCUCAAGAGGAACUCAAAGGAGACAAUCGUUUGAUUUGGGUAGUUCUACGCAGGGGCCAUGCACUAAAAAUAUUUUCCUCAAACUCACUGGGGACAGACACCAUCCAGAACCCAGGAGUGUGCUAUUCUGAUUUACAAACUCUUCGCAGAGUAAUAAAUCACUGUUUGAAUUCAAAUCAUGGAUGCUGCAAUCAUAUGAUAUUUGCUAAGCUGCCAAACUUAUUUAGCAGAUACUGUAUGGAAUUCUACAAGCUCAGUUAAUACUUGCAUCAUCAAGUGAUGCUAACUUUUUUAUUGUUUAAAAUAUUAAACUCUGAUAAUUAACAACACAAAACAGGUUUAAAAAGUGCUUUUGUUUUUAUCAUUUCCCGUUUGUACAGUAUUAUUUCUUUAGGUAGCUAGACAGUAACCAGUGCUGUUUUUUCUUUCCUAAAGCACAGCAAUGGCAUUCCCCCAGUUGAUUUUAUUUGAAGGUCCUUUAUACCAAUAUUUUGGAUUAUUAAAAUUUGUGUGUAAUGAGUUCUACAAAUUGGCAUAUUAUUUAAAUGCUAUAAAGUGAUUAAAAAAUUAUGUCUGUUUCCUAUUUGGCAGGAAAGCUCUGAUAGGAAAACUCUUCAGUAAUAAAUCUAGCAUGUGCAAAACAAAGAAAUGACACAAAUUGCAAUAAUCUUCCUACUCAAAAGUAUUCUAGUACGUAGCAGUCAGGAAAAAAAAAAAAUUGUACUUUUUCCACUCAAAAGCAACAAAUUAAGCACGACAUUCUGCACUGAAGUGCACAUUCUGCUGGUGUGAAUUCAAACUUAGCCAAUUUACUCUGCAUUUACACCAAGCUGAAUUUAACCCUAAUUGUAAGACUUAUGUAUGCAGAGUUUUCCUUACAAAAAUAAUAAAUGAGAUCAUUAGACAUGUUUGAGGAAGCAGGAACUUGUCUUGCAUAAAAAUUAGUAUUAUUUUAAAGCUGCAGAAUUUUCAGCUUGACAGGUAGAUUUAGCAGAGUAUAUGUAAACCCUGACUUCUCAGUGUAGCAUCUCUUUUUUUAAAAAUGUAAUACACAGCCUACUAUGAUGACUAAACUGAAUUUGGAGUGUAAAGACUAGACUUUAUUCCUGGGUGGCAUUAUCUAUUUCCCCUUGGUUUUAUGCCCAAUUCAUUCAGCAAUUCUUCACUCUCAGAAGACACACACACUUAUGUAGAGAGACUUUAUUUUAAAGAACUACACAAAAUUUCAUUAACAAAUGCUGCUAGAAUUAGAAAUUUAUACAUAGCCUUUUGAAUAGAUGAAUUUUUUAGAAAUGUGUGUAGACAGCAAUGCCACCAUGUGCUUUGUUUUUCAAACUCUUGCAGGAACUGAAAAUAAAAAGGAACACCUAGCAAGAAGGCUAGUAAUUUUCAUUCAGAUAGUUCAAGGUAUUAUGGGUGUUUACCAUCAGACAAGAGCUUAUUUGAUGUUGUGUGUGCUCUAUAGGAGAAAAAGCCUAGUUCACAAAACCAAGUGUGUUACCUUUUUUUAUUCUGUCUUUGGACCAGUCUAGCUGUAGUCAUGUUAUUUAACAAUAUUGUUUAUAACUGUCAAUUUCAUGGGGAUAAAAGAAUCAACUACCUAUAUAAAGCAACAGCAGCCUCUUUCUGACAUAAAACUUGUUUCACAACAAGCCAAGAUGUGUAAGAAAAUCACAAACCUGCAGAUCUAUACUCAUUAGUCUGACAAUAAGGUUGGAUUGGUUAUAUGUUUGGCAGUGAAUACCUUUUCUCUUCCAGAGAAAACUGCACAAGAUUCUGAAGACAUGGCUAUCACAAACUCUGUGAUAGCCUAAAACCUGUAGUGCUUUUUUUAAAACCAUCUUCCCAAAGGCAGCUAUCUGCAUAGAAGACUGAACAGGCAUGUAAGCAGAGUUCCAGGUUAAAAGAAAACCUGCUAGCCAAGGGUGCAGAAAUAAAACAAGUCUAGCUGAGUCCGGACACUGUCAGACAGUGUUUUAAUACCUAUAUAUUCGCUUUAGGUAAGCUUUCUUCAGAAUUUUGUUGCUACUUUAUGUUAUUUAAAUACUUAUUAUUGGUUUUGUUUCAUGAAGCAAAAAAUUAGGAUGAUAUGGAAUUAAGUAGCAACUAGGAAAACAAUUACUCAAAUCAAGCUGCAAGGUAUAUGCACACAGAUCAGCAUAGUGACUUGUCCCAGCUCAUCUGUCUUAUUUCAGAUUUCAUUUUUUGUUUAAAAGACAGCUUAUUUAAUCUGAAGGCAUAUUGAAGCAGCCGGAGAGAAAGUACGGUCCAGUUUAGCAAAUACACUGCUACUCCAGUUUCUCUGCUUUGAUGCACAAGUAGAGCAAAACUGACUGGUGAAGUCACUACCAAUAGUCUCCCAUGCAUUUUCUUGAGAAAAAAAUGCCAGAAAAGAACCAGUCACACACUUACCCUUUUGCAUUAAACCCAUGGAAAAAAGCAUGCUUCAUGUUCUUCCUUGUUUCUCCUAAAACAUAAGAACAGGAAGGUGGGUGAUACUAAUUCUUAUUCCCACUUCCGUUCUGGACUAAAGAGUUGCAGACAGAAGGUUCCUCCUGACAAGUAUUGCUUUUUCUUCCACUAGUUGAGGCUGUUGCUGCCACACCAAGUCCAAAUUUCAAUUAACAAUUUUAAAACUGGAUCAUUACAGCAAAUAUUCUACAACAGCAGCAAUACUCAUUUUUGUCUGAAUAGAUGUGAAAGACAAAAUUAACUGCAGCAGUAGCUAUGGCUAGCAAAGCUCCUGGCAGUACAAUGACAUCUUUGUUAUGCUAUCCUUAAAGAGUUCCCAGUUAAGCAAAAGUAAAAGUUAACUAAUGAAAGGAUGGAGGAGGGUUUUUUUUUCUUUUUUUAAAUAAUGUCACUCAGUUUCCUUCUUAGCAACAUUAUGCUUUCUUCUCAUGCAGCUGGCUUUGCCAUUUACAUUCCUUUUCCUUUAAGAAGUUAUAUAGAAGGAGCAGUAUUCAAAUCAGUAUUUUGAGCUGCAAGUGAUAAAAGCAGCAACAAGUUAAGCCACGCAAAAAAAUGUUGUAAGAAGCUACAGACAUAAUACAGUUUUGUUCCUUCCUUUCGCAUCCUGCUUGCUGAUGAUGGGGAUCGGCAUCCUAGUGCAGAGUUAAACCCACACAGGGUUUGAAUACUACAAUUCAGUAUGAGUGCAAUGCAAAGUGAGGAAGUUUUACCUCUACACAGCCUUUUCCCUGCAAGACUAGUCUAUCACAUUACAUAAAACAACAAACAAGACAAAAUUUAGGUAAGGUUAAGCAGUGGUAUUUGACAAAAUGACAAUGCUGAAAAGGUACGAAAUUCAACAGCAGGAAGCUGUGCAGCUCCUCACUUCCUGUUGUAGUGAGGAGGAUAAAACAGGAAGCAGCAGUAUAAACCACUGAAGAAGGGGGAAACCACAUUCAAUGGAUAGAAGAAACUGAUACAGAAGGAUGUAACUGAAGAUUUAGAAGUAACAUAGCCUUCUGUUCAGCUGGAAGUAAGUCACAGCGUAAGUAAGAUUACAGAUGCUUCAGGUGUGGGUUUUUUUGUUGUUGUUUGUUUGUUUUUUUGUUUGUUUGUUUUUUGUUUUUUUUUUUUUUUUCUUUUUUCCUUUACUCAACUGUAUAGUUCUGCCACACUGAGACGUCAAACUGUCAUUUACAUUUCAUUUAUUAAAAAAAGCUUUGCAUCAGUUUCACAGUAGGAAGUCACACGGGGCAAUGUCAGAACUUGGUACAUAAAGGGCAUCAGGGCCAAGAGAUACAACUAGCCUUUGAUGCGAUGGAUGCUAUCAGAAAGAGAUACGAAAAGCUACUGGGAGAAACAUGCACUAAGAGAGAGCUAAAAAAGCUCUCCCUUUCAAAUGAAGGUAAGCUUAAAAAAACCCACCUUAAUAAUUGAGCUCUUCAUCUGUUAUUAGCUCCAUUUAACACACAGCUAGUUAAUGAAACAAGAAUUUUGCUUGCAAGCAGAUUUGAGUAUUGCCUAUUUACUGCCAAAUACUGGUUUGGGGUAUUCAAAAGUAUCUUUAAAAACUGUUAGACAAUGCAAAAUGUACAACAGAGGCCCCUAGUAUUAUAAAUACAUAGUAGGCCCACAAAACAAGCAAGCCUACAGUAUGGGUGUAUAGAUGACACCACCUGCAUACUAAUUCAUUGCUGUUAUUCCACAUUUCAAAUUUAAUUUCCACAUAAGAAAGCUUUUUCAAAAAUCAAGAGUUACACCUCUCGACAGCUGCCAUAUCUGUUAGUACUUGUGAUUGCUUUCAGUUCUUAAUUUUUUACUGACAGCCUCUUAUACCUCAUAGCAAUGCUACAUUUUUCCUCCCUUUGAUGUUGAAAAGUUAUAGAACUCAUUGUGAUUUUUCUUCAACUCAAUCUUAAGUGUACAAAAUACUUUUCCAAUAAAGCUUGUUAAAAUACGGAA